AUGAGUAAGAUCAACCCCAGAGUUAGAAUGAUCCAAAACUCUGUACAGGCGAAUCUGCUUCAGCGGUGCAACCACAUCAGAGAAGAGCUACAGCAGGGGGUGAAAAAGCCAUAUAAGGAGGUUAUUGACAUCUGCUGGGGAGACGCCCACAGUGGGGGGACGAAACCCCUAACUUUUGUUCGUCAGGUCAUUGCAGUCUGUAUCUACCCUGAGCUGCUCCAAGAAACCACAAUAGCACCUGAUGUAAAGGAGAGAGCCAGGAGACUGCUGAGGGAGUGUCCCGGUGGCAGUGUUGGCUCAUACGCGGCUGCGAAGGGUAUCCCCUUUGUGCAGGACGGUGUGUGUGAGUUCAUCUCUAAGCGGGAUGGCGGUGUGCCCAGUUACCCCGAGGACAUCUUCAUCUGCAGUGGCUCUCAAAAUGCGCUCAUGUUUGUUCUGAAACUGCUGGUGCACGGUAAGGGCUUGGCUCAGACUGGUGUCCUGACACCCAUUCCCUGCUAUCCCACGUUUGUCAUGGGCUUGACUGAGCUGGGGGCUGCCAUGGUGCCCUACUACCUUUGUGAGGAUGAUGGAUGGUGUCUCCAUGUGGAGGAACUACGCAGAGCCCUCGCCACCAGCCGGAGUCACUGCAAUCCCAGAAUACUGUAUGUCAUCAACCCUGGGAACCCCACAGGUCAUGUUCAGAGCAGGGAAUCGAUUGAAGAAGUGAUCCGGUUUGCUGCUGAAGAGGAGCUGUUUAUCUUCGCUGAUGAGGUGUACCAGGACAUGAUGUAUGCAGAAGGCAGCCAGUUUGUGUCCUAUAAGAAGGUGCUGUUUGAGAUGGGGCCACAGUACUCAAACACUGUGGAGUUGGCAUCCUUCCACUCUGUGUCCAAGGGCAUCAUGGGAGAGUGUGGUUUGCGCUGCGGCUAUGUGGAGCUUGUGAAUCUUGACCCCUCUGUGAAACAGUCCGUUACCUCAGCGUUCAACACUGAGCGAAACACAGCCGUCAUUGGUCAGAUUGCACUUAACAUCAUGGUCGAUCCCCCGAAACCAGGGGACCCCUCCUAUCCGACAUUCAGCCAGGAGGUAAAGUCCAUAAGGGACAACCUUGUGCACAACGUACGUCAGGUUCAGGAGACUGUGGAGGCUUUGCCUGGGACUAGCUUUCAAGCAGGAAGUGGGGGCAUUUAUGCCUACCUCAGGCUGGACCUGCCCCAAAAAGCCCUGCUGCAGGCCAAGGAGGAAGGCACAGAUCCGGACCUGAUGUACUGUAGUAGGCUGCUGGAAGAAGAGGGCGUGUGUCUGGUGGUGGGAAAGGAGCACGGCCAACAGGAGGGCACCUACCACAUCAGGAUCUGCAUUGGGACCACUUCCACUAGGCUGAAAGAGGUCCUACGUCGCCUCAAAAGCUUCCACUUGCGAUUCUUAAACGAGUUCUCCUGAGUGCCACCUCACCUUUUAAC